UUAUUGUCACGUGACCGAUGACGUGACGUCACCACCAGUUGCCAGAUAAUCUCUACUCUCAGAAACGAACAUGAUGAAACACGAAGAAACACAGAGACGAAAACCGGACGGUGUGUGAGGAAAGUUCCAGUUCGUUUGUGAACGGAGAAACUUCCUGAAGUGAGCUCGAGCUGCAAACCAGUAUGCGGCACCGAAGCAGGGGCUCCCAGAUGGGGCUGUUGCUCCUGGCCUCCCAGGUGUUUCAGGUGGGUCUUGACAACAUCCCACCUGUCACCUUGGCUGUCCUGGCCCUCAAUGUGUACCUGUUCCUGUUCCCUGCAGCUCCAUUGUUACGGACAUGUGUGAGUGUGCAGCAGGCAUACUGGUUUGGAGAUUGGCGUCGCCUUCUGCUGUCGCCGCUGCACCAUGCAGAUGAUUGGCAUCUCUACUUCAACAUGGUAUCGUUCCUCUGGAAAGGAAUGAAGCUGGAGCGGCGGCUGGGCGGAGCCUGGUUCCUUUACGUGCUGUCAGUCUUCUCUCUGCUCACCGGAGUCGUCUAUUUGGUGUUGGAGGCCACGUUAACGGAGCUCACACAGGAUAACUCCUACAGCAUGACCUGUGCGGUUGGCUUCUCAGGGGUCCUGUUUGCUCUGAAGGUGCUCAAUAACCAUUACCACCCUGGAGGUGUGACCUACGUGAUGGGUGUCCCUGUGUCAAGUAGUUAUGCUAGUUGGGUGGAGCUAGUGCUGAUCCACGUAACAUCACCUGGGACUUCGUUUGUUGGUCACCUGUCGGGCAUCCUGGUGGGUCUGCUCUACACGUCAGGACCCCUGAAGCCCUUAAUGAAGAAAUGUGCUGAGUUUGUGUCAAUGAAUGGAUAUAACUCACAGCCCAGAGCAAACUUCAGUGCCUCAGGUCCUUCAGGCUACAGUGGCACCGGUGCAGAAUACUCUGGCUACCAUCAUUAUUCACCACAGAACACAGCGCAUCAUUCAGCAUCUAACGCAGGUGGACUGACGGAGGAGGAGCAGUUAGAGAUGGCCAUCAGGAACAGUCUGAAUGACAGAGGACAAACCAGCCAGAGAUCUCCUCCUCCUCCUUAUGGAUUCAACCUCUCGGAGGAGCAAGAGUUAGCUGAGGAGGUCAGGUUGCGGAGACUGAGGAGGUUUGACCGCUGAGCUGUCGGGCAGUGGAAGGGAAGAACUGUUGUUGGAGAAAUAGCAGACGAAUUAGCUCCCGACACCUUGUCCACACUCGGCUGCUCUCACAGGCUGAAGAAGGACGACCUGUGUGUGAAGGUUGAACCACACAGUCAGACACAUUUAAAGAGAUCUUCUUACUUUUACUGUGUGGUUCUUUGUGUUAAAAUGACCAAAGAGUUAUCUUUGUUAGCCAUGGAAGGCUACUUCAGUUGUUAUUACCCAUAAUACAUGUAUGUUAAGGAGCCAGUUUUGUUUAGGACAACAUUGUAGCUUUCAGAGGAACGUUUCUAAUGUUUCGAAUCCAACUGUCUGCUUUAACACAGCUUAAAGCUGUAAAACAUGUACAAGACGUCAUUUUAAAUCAUCUUUAUGCUGUCGACAUCCUGAAUUUUUAUUUUAGAAAAAUUAAUUGGGUUUGUGAAAUCUGGCAAAAGAGGCAUUUAGACCAUGUGAGAUCACGAUAUGCUACUAAACAUACAUUUCAAAUCCAAGGCAGGGACAAGUUUAUAAGUUUAUCGUCCGCUGAUCAUUUUUCUAUUUUCACAAAUAAAAGUGCUUGUGUUUUAGGUCAAUAUACAAUGAUCAACAUAUAUGAUAACAUAAGAAAAACAGGACAACUCCUUGCUUUGGCUAAACCUCCGAAGGUAUGGAUUUAGCUGGAAUAAUUUUUUUUGUGGAUAUCAAUAAAGUUAAAUGAUAUAUUUUCUCUA